GCACACUCCAUCUCGAUGCACGAGAAAAGCCUAUAUAAGAGGAGGUGAACUCUCCCCUCCCUCGCCCGCAACCCACAAACCUAGGUCGUUGAUUGAGUCAAACUACGGCACUCUAAUCCUAGUCCCAUCACCAUGGUAAAGAUCGUUUAUGGAGGAGCCGCCUUCUGGGGAACCAGCGCCUUCAACGGCCCCGACUCUAUCACCACCGUCGCUGAAGUCGUAGAGGUCCUGGACGCUCUUGAAGAGUUGGGAGUCAAGAACAUCGAUACUGCGGAAAUAUACGGAAAAAGUGAGGAGCUUCUCGGCGAGGCCGGCGCCGCCAAACGGUUCGUGAUCGAUACCAAAAUCGGCGCGGGAUUCAAGCCUGAGCCCGCCACCAAGGAUGGCGUAAUCCAGGCGGGGAAGGAGAGCUUGAAGAAGCUGAAGACUGAGCAGGUUGAUAUCUACUACAUUCACGCCCCCGAGCGCCGCGUUCCCCUUGAGGAAACCCUCGCCGGCAUCGACACCCUUCACAAAGCCGACGUUUUCAAGCGUUUCGGCCUCUCCAACUUCCUCCCCUCCGAAGUCGAAGAUGUUGUUCGCAUCGCAAAAGAGCACAACUUUGUCGCCCCAACAGUCUACCAAGGGAGCUACUCUGCUAUCGCGCGAAGACAAGAAAGCGAACUCUUCCCUAUCCUCCGCAAACAUAACAUCGCCUUUUACGCAUAUUCCCCCGUCUCCGGCGGAUUCCUCACCAAAUCCCCGCAGCAGAUCCUGGAGGCAAGCACAGGAAGAUGGGACCCAACCUCCGGUGUGGGAAAGCAGUACCAUGCACUCUACAACAAGCCCAGCCUGAUCAAAGCUUUACAAAUCUGGGACGAGCUUUCCAACUCCACCGGCAUCCCCAAAGCGGAGCUCGCGUACCGCUGGGUGGCUCACAACUCGGCCUUGAGGGAGGAUAAGGGCGACGCGAUUAUCGUCGGAGCGAGCAAGCUGACCCAGUUGAGGGAGACAGUGGCGGCGCUGAAGAAGGGUCCGUUGAGCAAGGAGGUCGUGGAGAAGGUGGAUGAGAUUUGGGCGCUGGCCGAGAAGGAAAGUCCGUUGGACAAUUUCAACAAGUGAAGGGGUUUCUUUGGUUCUUUCCUUUCGCUCCAUCCGUGUGACCUAAUACUCAUGUCUGCACAUGCUACUGAUGUAAAUACAUGCCUUUAACAUACAUAGUUUUGAUUCAUCAUUAUGAUGGUGUUGGUGCACGCUGGAAUGGUUGUUGAAAA